AUGGAGAAAGCGAGGAACCGACUGGGAAGGACAGCAACGAGAGCGUGUACGAAGCGGAGCGGGUCGAGGUUGGUCGUGGUAGGACAGGCCACAGCGGCACCGGAGAAGCGGCACCGGAGCAGCGGAACCGGAGCAUACGGACGGCAUCGAACCGUGGCGCACGGACAAACAUCUCUUGUGCUGUCAAUUUUCUUCCGUUUUUUUCCUGAACAUAUAGACUAGGUGUUGGAUGUGUGUGAUUGCGUCGUCACUGGUUUUGUAAUAGACGCGGCAGAGAUGGAGCGGAUAACCCGGGUGCCUUAAAUGUGUACCUACAUCGUGGAAGACGCCUUCAAUGUGAAACGAUUCCUAGUCAGUGUCGAUGUUUACACCACUGUGUCUAACACAGAUGAUCUGGAUUGUUGUUGUUGUUGUUGUGUUUCUUCACAUUAACUCGUGUCAGCUGCUAAUCCCAAAAUCCAGCAAAGACUCGGUCCGUGGUCACAAGAAUGGUAGAGCCAUCAGAAGAUCUGAAGAACACGCACACUAUUAGCAAGAAAAGGGUACGCAAGCCCGAGGAGGUACACCUGCAAUCCCUGCAGCACGUUUGCGUGCUCACAACUGAACUACACGCCCACACACUACAAAUCGACUACAGCAACAGCAUCACCCCCCUUGUCACGCAUUUAACCAAAAUGAAUGUUUGUCGACUACAUACAGCGUACUACUACUGCUGUCUGAAGUGAUGUCUGUACAAUAAUGACACCAUGGUGCAUGGUACACAAGCUCGGGGCAUGGAGCUGCUGUCUGAAGUGCUGUCAGAAUGAGUCCGUGGACAUACAAUGAAGAAGAACACCCAACCAAAGCCAUCAUUCCAAUGGACAAUCACCCGAAUCUAUCCAGAUCAUCUGUGUUAGGCACAGCAGUGUAAACAUGGACACUGACCAGGAAUCGUUCCACAUUGAAGGGGUCUUCCGCGAUGGNUGAGUCCGUGGACAUACAAUGAAGAAGAACACCCAACCAAAGCCAUCAUUCCAAUGGACAAUCACCCGAAUCUAUCCAGAUCAUCUGUGUUAGGCACAGCAGUGUAAACAUGGACACUGACCAGGAAUCGUUCCACAUUGAAGGGGUCUUCCGCGAUGGAGGUACACAAUUAAGGCACCCGGGUUAUCCGCGCCAUCUCUGCCGCGUCUCUCUACAAAACCGGUGACGUCAUCACACACCCAACACCUGUAUAUCAGGAAAAACAACGGAAAAAUAAAUACAAGAGAUGUUUGUCCGUGCGCCACGGUUCGACAAUACAAGAUAUGUUUGUCCGUGCGCCACGGUUCGAUGCCGUCCGCCUGCUCCGGUUCCGCUGCUCCGGUGCCGCUGCUCCGGUGCCGCUUCUCCGGUGCCGCUGUAGCCAGUCCAAGCACGACCAAACUCGACCCGCUCCGCUUCGUACACGCUCUCGUUGCUGUCCUUCCCAGUCGGUUCCUCGCUUUCUCC